GAGAUUUUCCCUCCCCAGAAAAAAAAAACAAAAAACAAAAUUAAUAUACAUAAAUAAUUUAAAAAAUUAUUAUACGCAAAAAUGCUGUUUAAUCUGCUUAUCCAACUCUUGUGCGCGGCGGCUGUGAUCCAGGCCAGCGUCUAUAUACCCGACUCGGAUCGCAAUACGCGCACCUUGCAGAAUGAGCUGGACGUGGCACCGGAUGGCAGCUAUCGGUAUGCCUAUGAAACGUCCAAUGGCAUUGCCGGCAAACAGUCCGGCCUGGGCGGCAUUGCCGUGCAGGGCGGCUCCAGUUACACUUCACCGGAGGGCACGCCCAUCAGCAUUAGCUAUGUGGCCGAUGAGAAGGGCUAUUAUCCCGUCGGCGAUCAUAUACCCAAGGUACCGGAUUAUAUACGGCGCGCACUGGAGUACAUACGCAAACAUCCCUACCAGGUGAAGGAUUACUAUACGGGCGAAAUUAAGACUGUUGCCCACGAUGCGGAGGCCUUCAAGGUAUACGAGCGCAACAUUCAGGAGCCCACCACGCCGCGCACCCGGCCCAGCACCACGCCCAAGGUGGUGCAUCUGACGCAUGCGCCCACAACUCAGCUGGCGGGCAGACGACGCUAAUGUGGGCAGCUUUGGCGCCGGAACGAGGGGGCGGGCCCGGGGCCCGGGGCCCGACAGGGAAAAUGGCAACUUGUAGAGAAGCCAAACACAAACACAAACUGUGAAUUUGAUCUAAACAAUUAAUUAAGCCACAAUAAAUAGAAGUGUUAAGCCAA